AUGGACCCCCUGGACAGAGCUCAAGUACUCCUUCUCUGUGACCUGUGUCAAAGGGCUGCAUUGCAGAGUCAUUGUGAACUUUGUCAAAUUAACCUAUGUAAGACUUGUGUAGGGGAGCAUCUCUCUGAUUUAUCUAAAAGACACAAUGUUGUACCAUACAAUCAGAGAAAAUCUACUCAUAACGUGAACUACCCAAAAUGUCCAAACCACACCCAGAAACACUGUGAACUUUAUUGUGAGAAAUGCGACAUUCCUGUCUGUUCUACCUGCAUCUCCUCUGAUAAACAUGAUGGGCAUAAAUUUACAGAUAUCUUACAGAAACCCAGCUUCAUUAAAGAAAUUUUAAACAAGGAAUUGAAAGAACUAGAAAAAGCAAUAUAUCCUACCUAUGAAGAAAUUGCAUCAGAUUUAAAUUCUGAAAAACUUAUCUUGGAAAAACAUUAUGAGAAACUGACAACAGUUGUCAUCAAACAUGGAGAAGACUGGCAUAAAGGAAUUAACAUCAUUGUCAACAAACAGAAAUCUGAAAUUGAUGAGAUAAAAACUAAACAUCUGGCUGCUCUAAAUCAUCAGGAAACUGAAAUCAAACAAAUUACUUCUGAAAUAAAACAGAGCAUACAAGAUCUGAAGAAAAAACUGGACUCCAGUGAUGCCUCUAUAACCUUGGCAUACAAAUCCAGGAAUGCUGAAUUCAGAACUUUACCUCCUAAAUUAAAUUCUUCAUUACCAUGUUUCUGUCCUCAACAGAUCAACAUAGAACAGCUCCAUCAAAUGUUCGGUUCACUGUCAGCAUUAUCCAUUACAACAGAUGAAUAUGGCUACAUAAUGAAGACACCAGAAGCUGUAUCUUGUCUUUCAGUCAAACCACAGCUUGAUGCACCAGAGAUCAUCACUACCAUCAGCACUGGGUAUACUCCGCUAUAUAGUCUUAGCUGUCUCAGUGAUGAAGAAAUCUGGACACGUGGAGGAGACAAAAUCAUUAAACUCUACAACCUCCAGGGUAAACUACUGAAGUCAAUUCAAACCAAGUCAGGGAACAUACCUCGUGACAUAGCAGUGACAAGGAGAGGAGAUCUAGUUUAUACUGACCCUGAUACAAGAACUGUAAACAUAGUGAAGAAUGACCAGAUACAGGAAGUGAUUAGACCACUGGGUUGGAAACCUCACUAUGUCUGUAGUACCUCCUCUGGUGACCUCCUGGUUGUCAUGGUCAGUGAUGAUUAUAAACAAUCAAAGGUUGUCCGUUACUCUGGAUCCACAGAGAAACAAACCAUUCAGUUUGAUAGUGAAGGUAAACCUCUUUAUUCAACUGGCGGCCUUAAAUACAUCAGUGAAAAAAGGAACCUGGAUAUUUGUGUGGCUGACUGGGAAGCCCGUGCAAUAGUGGUGGUUAAUCAGGCAGGAAAACUCCGAUUUAGAUACAUUGGUCGCUCUACUAUCAAGGGACCAUUAAGACCAUACGGCAUCACAACAGACAGCCGGAGUCAGAUCUUGACAACAGACUUGAACAUUCACCGUAUCUACAUCCUUCAUCAAGACGGACAGUUCCUCCGUUACAUUGAUAACUAUGAUCUACAGUUUCCAUAUGGUUUAUGUGUAGACAUCAGAAACAACCUCUUUGUGGCUGAGUGGCACAGUGGUAAAGUGACCUCUGAUGAACAUCAUGGACAUAAAUUAACAGACAUCCUACAGAAUCCCAGCUUCAUGAAAGAAAUUUUAAACAAGGAUUUGAAAGAACUAGUGCAAAGAAUAUGUCCUACCUAUGAAGGAAUUGCAUUAGAUUUAAACUCUGAAAAACGUAACUUGGAAAAACAUUAUGAUAAACUGACAACAGCUGUCACCAAACAAGGAGAAGACUGGCACAGAGAAAUUAACAUCAUUGUCAACAAACAGAAAUCUGAAAUUGAUGAGAUGAAAACUAGACACCUGGCUGCUCUGAAUAAACAGGAAAAUGGAAUCAAACAGAUUACUUCUGAUGUUAAACAGAGCAUUUUUGAUUUGAAGAAAAUAUUAGAUUCCGAUGACGUUUCCUUAGCCUCUACCUAUAAAUCAAAGAAUGCUGAAUUCAGAAGAUUACCUCCUAAAGUCAGUGUUUCAUUACCAAGUUUCUUUCUUCAUCAAAUCAACACAGAACUGCUCCAUCAAAUGUUUGGUUCUCUGUCAGCAUUAUCCGUUACAACAGAUGAACAUGGCUACACAAUGAAGACACCAGAAGCUGUAUCCUGUCCUUUUGUCAAACCACUACUUGAUGAACCAGAGCUCAUCACCACCAUAGACACUAGGUAUAGACUAUACAGUGUUACGUGUCUCAGUGAUGAAGAAAUCUGGACAUGUGGAUUAGACGCAAUCAUGAAACUCUACAACCUCCAGGGCAAACUACUGAAGUCAAUCCAAACCAAGUCGGGGAACAUACCACGUGACAUAGCGGUGACAAGGAGUGGAGAUCUAGUUUAUACUGACCCUGUUACAAGAAUUGUAAACAUAGUGAAGGAUGAACAGAUACAAGAAGUGAUCACACUACAGGGAUGGAGACCUUACCAUGUCUGUAGUACCUCCUCUGGUGACCUAUUGGUUACCAUGGACAGUGAUGAUUAUAAACAAUCAAAAGUUGUCCGUUACUCUGGCUCCACAGAGAAACAAACCACCCAGUUUGACAGUGAAGGUAAACUUCUGUAUUCAUUUGGUGAACUUAAAUGCAUCAGUGAGAACAGGAACCUGGAUAUCUGUGUGGCUGACAAUGGAGCAUGUGCAGUAGUGGUGAUUAAUCAGGCAGGAAAACUCCGAUUUAGAUACACUGGUCAUCCAUCUACUAACAAGGAAUCAUUUGAUCCAUAUGGCAUCACAACGGACAGCCAGAGUCAGAUCCUGACAUCAGACCGUAUCAACCGCUGUAUCCACAUCCUAGAUCAGGACGGACAGUUCCUCCGUUACAUUGAUAACUGUAACCUACUACCAUGGGGUUUAUGUGUUGACACCAGAGACAACCUCUUUGUGGCUGAUUAUGACAGUGGUAAAUUGAAGAAAAUCAAAUACAUGUAAUCAAUGUGUUUUAAAUAA